AUGCUGCGCGUCUCGCGCGUGCCCCCCGGCGAUCCCACCAUCGAGCAAUACGUGGGCCAGAACCGCUUCGAGUGCCUGACCUGCCCGUACCACUUCGUCAUCAACAAGCGCUACUACGAGCGCAAGUACCUGAAGAAGAAGGAGGUCGAGGACAUCCUGGGCGGCAAGGGCGCGUGGGACAACGUCGAUAAGACGGAAGUCCAAUGUCCGAAUGAAAAGUGUAGGAAUGAUCGGGCGUAUUGGUAUCAGCUGCAGAUUCGCAGUGCUGAUGAGCCCAUGACGGCCUUCUACAAGUGCACCUCAUGCGCAAAGGAGUGGCGCGAGUAG